AUGUGGAUGUUUUUAACUUUAUUUAUUUGGCUUAUAGCCAAUGAUCAACAGUUUAUCUUGGCGAAUUCUUUAACUGAAGAUCUUUCCAUCGAUUCUAUGAUAAGCUACAUCACAGCAAUUGCACCAAGAGAUCUUGCUGAACAUAAGAUUGAAAAUGAACGUUUAAUUCAAGAAUGGCAAGACUGGAUACUUGGUAAUGUUAUGGGUAUUAAUUAUUUGAAUAGUUUAAUGGUACACGCUUCAAAACAAGAUUUUGCUUUUACUAUACCGAGUGGUUAUUCAGUUGGAUAUGUACAAAAUAAAACAUCUUUUCGUCAAACAGUCUCUCAAUUAGCUACAGAAACACGUAACGCUUUGAGUGGAGCGCGUGAAGAUUUAAAUAGAGUGCAUACCGGUUUAGAAAGGGUUCCUGAAAAAUUAAAAACAAUGGUUUUGCUGAUGAAACAAGCACCAUUUGAGUUACUUUUAAUGCUUUUUCCUGAUUCAUUUAAUGAUAUAGAAAAAUUAACGAACGAUAGUCUAGUCGUACUUCGAAAACCAGAAAAAUCUUUUGAACAAGUAUUAAAUCUUCUUACUGAAAUUAAUCAUCUAUUAACCACGACACAAACAGAUCAAAUGAUUUCUUUACAAGUAUCUGAUAUUAAAAUUCAAUGGACAUAUUUAACUCAAAUGAUUAAAGAAUUAUCAGAACGAGCAGAAGUAACACGUAAUAAAUUUUUAUUACAAUUCAACUUUGUUUUAGAACAAUUUCUUAAUCCUGUUCUUGGAUUUACUGAUCGUGAUCGUAAUGUAUUCAUUUCAAUACUUUUAAAACCAAUAAUUGAAAUUGAUCAAACAUCUGAUAUUCUUGGAACUAUUACGAAAGUUUAUACUGAUAUGUCGUUUCUUUAUACGGAUGAAGAGUUAGGUAGUUAUGGACAUUUAAUUCUUUUAACAAAGGAAGAAGAUCGUAAACGAUAUUUAAAACAAUUCCAAUAUGGUUUAUUAAAACAAGUGAUUCAAAUAGCACGACUUGCAUCAGAACGACAUUCAGGAUUUAUUCGACGUGAUAAAAAUCGAAAAGCAAAUUAUGAAAAAUUCUUAGCUGAAACUUCGCCAGAUGAUUUAAUGAGUCUACUUGGUUGA